UUCACUUCCACCAUUUCGCGAUAGCCCUAGCGCUUCAACUCACAGAGAGAAAUCAUGGUCUCUCUCAAACUCCAAAAGCGUCUCUCUUCCAGCGUCCUCAAGUGCGGUAGAGGCAAGGUUUGGCUCGAUCCAAAUGAAGUCAAUGAAAUCUCCAUGGCCAAUUCUCGCCAAAACAUUAGGAAGCUGGUGAAGGAUGGGUUUAUCAUCAGGAAACCUACCAAGAUUCAUUCCCGAUCACGUGCUCGUCGUAUCAAGGAAGCUAAGCAAAAAGGAAGACACUCUGGAUAUGGUAAGAGGAAGGGUACAAGGGAGGCAAGGCUUCCAACAAAGAUCCUUUGGAUGAGGAGAAUGCGCGUGCUUAGACGCUUGCUCCGCAAGUACCGUGAGACUAAGAAGAUUGACAAGCACAUGUAUCAUGACAUGUAUAUGAAGGUUAAGGGUAAUGUCUUUAAGAACAAGAGAGUUCUUAUGGAAAGUAUCCACAAGUCUAAAGCCGAGAAGGCAAGAGAGAAGACCCUAUCUGAUCAGUUCGAGGCCAAGCGUGCCAAGAACAAGGCCAGCCGAGAAAGAAAGCAUGCUCGGAGGGAGGAGCGUUUCGCUCAAGGUCCUGGAGGAGAGAAGCCAGCAGCUGCACCUGCUGCUGCGCCUGCUGCAGCAGCACAGCCAACCCAAGCAUCAAAGAAAUCGAAGAAGGCAGCAGCAGUCUGAGAUUGCUUUGCAGAAUUGUUGGGCAGUCAUCCUUAUUUACUGUUCUAAAGUAGUUUUGACUCUUUUUGUUCGAUUAAGACCUUGUUUAGUUUUUAUUUAUCAGGUGUAUGGAUUUAUUAUAGUCCCUGUUCUAAAUGGUGUUUUGCUGUUUUUGCUAUGAAUUUAUUGCGGAAACACUUGUGGUUAUAGCUUGUCUUUGUACUUUUGCUGGUAUGGCUUUUAUAAUUAUUGAUCUAUUUAUCAA